AUGCCAGGGGCACAACGUGAAGAGCUGAAAGUACAGCAUUUACCAUAUGUCCGUGAUGUUCUACUUUCACUCGUGCUGACAGGAUCACUUCUGACCAGUUACGCAUUGUUCAACAAGCAUCUAGCUCAGUAUAAAAAAGCUACAGAGAUCCCACAGAAAGUGUUUCGAAAGAAAUGGAUAUACGGGAAGGUUACAGCAGUGGGAGACGGUGACAAUUUCCAUUUUUUCCAUACUCCAGGCGGGAUUCGUGGCGGAUGGGGCUGGCUCCGGAGUAUACCGAAACUCGAAAAGCUAGACGAUGACAAGAAAGAAAAGGCUAGAAACUGGCUUUUGACUCCCUUCCGUAGCCAAAAAAUCACUGAGAAAGACAAAUUUUUGGCAUUGCAUGUCUCUCGAAAGGGAAAACGGAAUUUGCCUACUGUUCCGAUCCGGCUGUGUGGUGUAGAUGCCCCAGAAAGGGCCCAUUUCGGUAAUAAAGCUCAACCAUUCAGUGAGGAAGCCCUCAUUUGGUUACGCCACACAAUCAUAGGGCGCAAUGUUUGGGUCAAGCCGUUGUCCAUUGAUCAAUACAAUCGUUGUGUUGCGAAGGUGGAAUAUCUUACGUGGACCGGCUAUAAAAAUCUGAGUCUGGAAAUGGUGAAAAAUGGACUUGCAACAGUUUACGAGGGGAAAACUGGAGCAGAAUUUGAUUCAGAAGAAGAUAUUUAUCUUUUCCACCAAAAUGUGGCUAGAGCAAAUAAGAAGGGAAUCUGGAGUUUAAAAAAAAUGGAAACUCCAGCUGCCUACAAGAAAAGAGUAGGGUAA